CCCAGCAGGCUCCUACCAUCAGGAGAGGAAUCAACGUGAAACAUGCGGCCGCAACGUGCCUCAGACAAGACGUAACAGGUUGUUGAACACUCCAGCGUUGGUUCACGUCAUAUCGACAAAGGAAUUUCAUUUUUCUUAUCGGAUAUAGAUUUCCAUUCAGAAAGUACGCCAAUCUAAAAGUUUAUCGUGUAACUUACCUUUCGUUCGGUUCGUGUACCUUUCACAAGGUUCACUGACUAAAUCUAAUUAGAAAACUGUAAAAAGGUUGACGUCUGCAUGAUAGCGUUAUCGCCAACUGCAGGACGUAGCAUACUGUUCAAUUUCAUAUUUACUGAGAGGGUACCUUACUCACUGUUUAUUUUACUAAGAUUAAUAACACAAAAUAAUGAUAACUCUAUUAGCACCUUCCAAACGUGAAACUGUAUGUUCUUCAAGCAAGAAUUGUGUUUAUGGUAAAGACUGUUCAAGCCGGCAGAGCGACUGUUAACAGCAGACUAGGACUGAUCUGCUCCCGUUACUGGUUACUUAAACAGUUCGAUUUGCGUGGUGGAUAUUGGGUUAACGAAGGGUUCGGGUACGCACGAAACCUGGGACACAAAUCAAUACGAUCUUGGUAACCAACCGAACCAGACGCGGUUACACAUCGCUUCCCAGCCAACCGCGACUCAACAACAAAUCUGGAAUUCCCGGACGUGAUCUUUUUCUCGGACAACUUUUCACCGGCUUGUUUGUUGUUCAGCAUCUCAUGCGAAAGUACAACAACCAGCUUACGUCUGAGCAAGACAAGUUAGGCAAAUAGGUUUCUACUGUUACAGAAACCCCUGAUGGAUUGUGGCCUGUUCUUCGAAUCCCGGAUCGCACUGAUGGAUCUCCCACGUGGAGUUUGGCUGAUCUAACCACUCGGAACACUUCACUUCAUUUUUGUGGUUUCGAUCCAAGCAUUUUGAGCGGUGGUUUUUACGUUUUGAGACACUGGACCGCAGCGUUUUCUUAAGUCACAAAUAUCAGGCCUACAAUCGGUAGACCAUCGGUGAUACAACGCUCUCAUCGAAAGCAAUGCAGUGCAUUAUAACUCGAGGAUUUUAAAUGUCAGUUGAAACUUGAAGCAGAUAAUUGUAGAAAUAUCGACUUGUUAUCCGACUGCUCUGAGAGAAAGUACGGGAAGGGCUAGGUAUUGUUCUUUGUACGUCCCUCACGGGGACCAAGUGCCCCUGCUGAUUUCCGUGGUACCUUGUGUGCUAUCUGCUCUAAUUGUUGCACCUACGGGUGCACCAACCUCUACCUGUUGAUCCAACUUAAACUAACAAGUUGUUACACCAUUUAAACAAGUCCAUGUAAAAAGCAUUAAUAAUCCUUCGGUAUUUCUGAGGAGAAAAGAACAAAUGCCUUGAUCAUUCUACCUAGAAAGUGCGACUAUUUAUAAACUUGGGAGCGGAGGUUUCAGAUACUGCCACUCCGGCGCUAUUGCGCUUACCAUUUCAUCAGCAAGGAUCGAUAAAGCGUCAGCGCGGACGAGCUUGCCAACAGAACACCAUCAGUUAGCGGGGUAGCAAGAUGAUUCAGCGCCUGGCUCGGUGAAGUCAAUACUUUAGUCACUGCGGCGGCAGCCGGUGGUAGCAUCUGGAAAUACCUCUCUAAAGGACAAUCCUUAUUCAUGGAUGGAUACUCGGAUUGACUGUGGAUUACUGCAAUAGUAACGACGGAUUAACUUCACAUUGAUAUUUGCUUCAAGGAAGACGUCCAAUCUUGUUCGAACAUUGGAUACAUUUUAAAGAUGUUUCGAAUAGUUUGUGCAAAUCGGACCCUGGAGUUUGCUUCAGUGUGAACUCUUCUUCUUGCUGUCUGUGAGAAUAACGUUAUAAAAUGGAUACAUUCAAUGUCGAAAAUGAUACCUACAUACUUCAGGCUGUUCCAGAGGAAGGCAUCGAAGUUGCAGGGGUGUUUGUCGGCGAGGGGAGGUCAAAUAACUCGACGCCGGGAGUAUAUCAGGUACACAGCGAACUUGAACCACCAUUUGAUUUCAUUCUGAUGUGGAUUAUAGCAGUAGCAGUGGUCGCGUUGUCGCUUACAACCAUCCUGGGUAACUUAUCUGUGAUUGUAGUCUAUUCCAUGAAGAAAGAACUACAGAAAUUUUCCAAUAAUUUCAUCAUAAGUUUAGCAGUUGCGGAUCUCUUCAUUGGGUGUUUGAUGCCUGUCAACCUGGUUGUGACACUCUCCGGCCAUUGGCCGUAUCACAUCGACUCUUGCGAAGUCUACGUGACAAUCCAGGCAGCCCUUUGUUACGUGUCCUUCAUAAGUAUCUUACUCGUGAGUAUCGAGCGGUGGUGGUGCAUCCAUUGGCCACUCAUCUACAGGGUAAAGCAGAGUCGACGAAAAGCAGUACUUGUCAUCAUUCUAACGUGGACUGUCACCUUUCUAAUGUUCGGACCAACAAACUUAGUGUACCGAAAACUGACUGGGUUUCAAUACGAAGUCCUUACAACUAGGCUAAUGUGUGAGGCCCAUUUGAAUGAGACUCUAUUACAGUCAACUGUCAUGGCUGCAGUUGGCUUCGGACUACCUUGGCUCUUGUUAAUAACGUGCAAUUCGACCAUCUAUUUUAAAAUCUCUCGCCGGAAAGACAAUACCAUACGACGGUCAAUAACCUCAGAGACACUGAGUUUUAUAUCGCGCAAAUCGUCAUCUGAGAGUAGCACCGUAGAUGACCAAGCGACGGAAUUGCUAAAGGAUCCAAAUGAAAAUGACAAAGUACCGGAGCUUACGAGUAUCAAAAUUGAAAAGGGGAAAGCUGUUCUUCCGGGCGUACGGCCAGUGGUGGGCCGGAGAUUCUCCAUCGCGACGACUGGUUCGGUGACGGAGCCCGGUACCCCGAAAGCAAAAUGUUCCCAGUUGAUGCGACGGGUUUCUUUUGAUAUGAGUAUUCUGCAGGACAGUCGGCGGAGUAAUAGCAUAGCAUCUUCAGGGCGAGGGUCAAUCCAGCGGCGGCCGAGCGCCUGUGAGGAACUCGUGCGUGAUAUUUUCUCAAAGCAGGACAGAAAAGCGGCAAGGGCAUUGGCGAUUUUAGUCAUCGUAGUGACGCUGUGUUGGGCGCCAAAUGUGAUCAUGAAAAUUAUGCUUUCCAUUUGUCCGGGCCUGUUACCAAAGUGGUCACUUGUUCUUUCCUCAUGGCUGGUAUUGGUCAACUCUGGACUCAACCCGUAUCUCUAUGCGACAGGGAACACAAAAUACAAACGAGUACUUCGGAGCUGUUUGAGCAAGCGUACGCAGCACCGUCACAUCAAGACAGAGCCAUUCCGCAUUCCAAGCAAAUACCUUUCCAAGCAGUAUCUUGCUGUGAAGUUGGAGCACAACAUCCUGAGUAAUGUGAUACUGAAACCAGCCUGAGGACUGCACCUUGGCGAGCCAUGAAUGGUCACAUUUCACUCGGUGCGACUUGCCUGACAGCGGAAAGCUGAGGCAAAAAUGUUUUAGGCCCCGGUUACAAUUGGAGCGGAGAGUUUUCACGAGAAUGCAAGAUGACGAACUCUUCUUAAUUGAGAGUUUCUAGUAGGUAGGAUGGAUUUCUGUGAUUAUGUCCCUUUAGAGCAGAGGAGUCUGACUAGAAGCACACGAAAGGGUUAUGCUAGGCGCAUUGGAAUGCGUAACGACGAAUGGUGCUGCUGGAGGUGUUGUGAUGGCAUUACCCUGUGCAGAGAUUGGCAAAAGAACAAUCGGUUGUCAGUUUUGAUGUUGUACAAAUUAUUACAUUCGUACUUUUCUACUUUAUUUAAGACAUUUGAUGACGGGUUUCGGUCGAGAGCGUACUGUACAGGGUUGAGUUGCAAGAAUUACGUAGAUGUAUGUUAAUGAAACUGGCGGCAAGUGAAAUUCACUUGGGAUGGGUCUACCUAUCCGAAGAUAUCUGCAUCUGAAAUGCGAUUGUUUGCUAUCUCCCACGAUGGUUUAACCUAUCACCAGGGAAACCGCGCUGGGGGUACAGCAUGGGGAGAGGAGCCUUCUCAAAUAAACCAAGGUUGGCUUUUCUGUUUGUUUACGAAGAUCAUGGAGAGGGUUCGACCUUUUGGGAAGGCUAUCGUUGGGCGGCUUCAGAGCACUGGGAGUUGAUUAGUAGGCCAGCUUUAUCAGGCCUAGGCGAGAAACAGGUUUAAAGGCACCAUUUUCAAAACUUUUUAUCUCAACUAAAAUUUCUAUAACCUCUGUGAUUACACUUCUAAAAACGGGCAGUGUGUGUUUUGUGACUUUUUCUUUCUGGAGUAAAAUGUUGAAUUUUUUUUUAUUUGAGGCCAGUUGUAAAUAGGUUACGUAUUUAAAUGUGAAAUAUCUGUGAUGUGUAAAGAAUCAAAUUUAACUGUGAUUUUUGAUGUGGAGUAAUAUUUUCAGUUUGUGUAACGUUUGACUCUUCGGCUAGACAUCACCAUUUCUUAGUUUGGCUUGAUUCAGAGAAUUUUGUUGUCGUUUUGUUCUCGUGCAUAAUGAAAUCCAUUUUCACUGAAUAUCGGUUUAUAUCUGCAUGGCGUAUCUGUUAUUCGCAUUUUGGUGUUUAUAGGUCGUCGGGUGACGCAGUUUUGAUUGAUUUUUAGAAUCAAUCGGUGAAGGAAACAGCCCUUGAUCCUUGAAGUGAAGGUUUGUUGGAUGCACAUUUUCAGCACACAGAAUUAUACAUUUUCGCAAAGGUCAAGCAUAUGAUUGGUCGUGUCGGUUCAUUUCUGGUGCAUAAGAUGAACCAUCACUACGCCAACACCUUGACCGAUAUACGCCGUUAUACCAGCGGUCGAAAGGGUCAAAAGUAUCCAAUAUAAAAUAGGACAUGUUGUAGAGUAUAAGAUGAAGAAGGUGUUAAAGCCAUUACGCAUUCUAUCUUCGUGGCGAGACUUUAUCGGUUUUGGUGGAAUCCUGGGGCGUAUGAAGAGCUUCUCUCGCAGCUUCUCUAUUCUUGGCCCGUCCUGUAAAAACCCAAUACACGGUUGUGAUCCACUCUUGCAGCCACUCAAAACCCAGGGACGGAUCAAUAUCUCCCUACUUUAGAUAUUCCUGUUACUUAAUCCGUUGUAUUUAACUUAAAUGUACUGGGAUUAAUACGGUACUGUUCCUGAUCCCAUAUGGGUACCAAAUGACCUACUCCUUUCGUUUGAAACUGGAAAUUAAAUUUGAAUUUAUAAAUUUCCAAAUCUAAAAACGGGCUGAAUAUGAAUAUCAACAAUGCCGUGUAUAUCUAUUGCAGGCUGCAACGUUUUAACACAUUGUACAUUAAACCAAGUGAAAUGUACAGCAGACACAAGCGUAAACUAUUUGCACAUCUUUGAAAUGAAUAGGUCCGGGAAGUACCAGAUUAUGUGCUGAUGACGCAUGAUCAAAUCGGUGGACUGAUUCGGAGUAUGCUUGUGCAAGGUGUGAACUUGUGGGUAAAAGUGGCUGACCUAAUAGAAGUAAAUACAGACUAGCUUAUAUACGAAUCUAUAUAUAAUAAGUUUUCGUAUCCCUGCAUGGGUGUGCUAAAGGAGAAAGCAAAUAGCGAAGUCGUAAGACUUCUCAGAGAACGAAUCGAUUUGUAUGCAUUUUGACUUGAUAUACAUCACAUGAUUCUGAAGAUAAGUAGAUAAAACAUCGAUUAUAUAUGCAUUUCGGUGUUAACCCGAUCAAAAGUUACACGUUAAGAGUUGACAACCUUAAAGAACUUUACCCACAAGUCUUCCGCUCGGUAUUGAUAACAUUAUGAACCAUGUCGGCGACACCAUAAACUUGGGUUAACCUUUCUGCGUUUUUUUGGAGGGGAUGGUACAACAAUUACACCCAGCAGUAUGUCUACUGUUUUUGUUCCCAAACAUUGAGAAAUGUUCUGGUCGUCAAUUUGUAAAUUUUCCUCUUUUCAUGGACACAUUUUGAUGCGAAAUGUAUGUUUUUGUGGUAUGAUGUUUGAGGGAGUGAUUGUUGAGCGAGAGAAUGCUUCGUUUGAGAUACUUUUCCCCGACAUUUUUCUCUGCUUCGGGCCAGACAGGUGCUUCUAGGCCUAAAAUGUCUGUAUUCAUCAUACGGCAACUGCUGCUAAACACUCAGUAUACAUGUACAUGUAUGCAGGUUAGAGCUAGUUUAUUAAUUAGGUAGACCUACUGUUGUAAAACCGACAUGUGCGCCUACCGAUUAGUGUAUAUUUUUAUUCUGCCUGAUAAAAAUCUGUUUUUGUGACACUGGAUGAGACAUGUGAUUCACUACCGUCACAUGUAUAGAACUCUUGGUAUUUAAGGAUGACUAAAUGCUAAAUGUGUGCAUUAUUACUAUGCUAUGCUCCGUGAAAAUCAUCCUUUAGACUGUAUACCCACAACUUUCAUCAACGUCAUCUAUACACUGAUGACAUUCACAAUGAAUUCAUUAAUCUAUACACACCUGGGCUGCCCUGGUGGCCGAAAGGUGCAAAAGUACAGCAAUUCCUUUUCAACCAGGCAAGAUACCUACAUUCUUGAGUAAGGUUCGUUAAAUCCGACAAGCGAAUUAAGUACAGAUCCUCUGGAAAUAGUUCAAUUCGAAUUCCCAUCAAUUGAGAUUCCAUUUCCAAUUGAUUAUGCUUAUGAAGGAACCAGAGGUUGUGAAAGGGGUUAUCAGAGUGGCAAUAAAGCUAAUUUUGAAAGGUUGGGCGAAAACUCUUGUUAUGGAUAUGCAAUUCGAGGCAAUUGUCUAUAUUCCAACGUUCAGGUUGCCCGCUGUUCGUCGAAGUGCCUGGAAUUCCCCACGAGCAUUCUACUCUCCUACAUUUUUGUACCUCCUGCAGGUUUUUGGGUCUGAUAUGUGUUAAUCUUUUGAAAACGGCAUCAUGAGGAAAUCAAGGGUUAAUGUUGGUUUCACCGGCCUUGCACACACAUAAGAGUGUUGAGAAGUUUAAGUAUGUAAAAGUAUCACAUUUCCUUUAGAAAUUUGGAUGGAUAAGAAAUAGUUUGGUCUCUUUUAGUACAAUAUGUCUUUCUUUAAGUAUAAACUGUUGCUGAAAACAAAAUGUUGCAACAUGAAAAGUUUCAAAUUCUUAUUUUGUUAUUUUUCUGCCAUUUCAUCCCGCAGUACUAAGAAUCUUCAGUUUUGGCCUGAGCUGCUCCUGUGUACAGGUUGUGCAUGCUGUGCAAAUGUCAUUCUAACUUGCUCGGGGAGCUUCACAUUUCAGAAUAUCGGUUUUUAUUGUCUUUGUAAUCCUCUACCGCUGAAGCAUUCUCCAAAGCAGAGGUGAUAUUCAAGCAUAUUAUCGAUAAAUAGUUCCGGUCAUGCGCAAGGAGGGUGCCGCUGAACAGCAUUGUUCAUCAUGCGCCAUCUUGAGGGAUACAUUGUAACCAAAUCGAUUUAGCCAGGCUCCUUGUCAUUGGCCUCUUGUGCAGGGCCGUAGAAGCGAACAUUAACCCCUGAUUUCCUCAGAAUGUGUCAUUGGCAGAGGCAUUAGACGACAACUAGGCCUAUGUAUUUUGUUAUAGGGAAAGACACUUCCAUUUUUUAAGUCAUAUGUUUUUUGAUAUCGUGUGUAUCCCUAAUGCAGUGGUGGGUCCAGAAAAUUGUGAAAGGGGAACGGUCCAUCUAUGAAAACGAAGAGGUCUGGAGGGCAAAAAUCGACUGCUUUUCGACUUAAUACGCCACUAAGUCAUGGUGUGCUCAUUGUAUAAUCGUUUGGCCUGGAUGUGCUGCUGCGUGAGUGUGUAAAAACUUUUGUGUGUCCAUCUAUAUCUCAAAAGGUGAUUAUGUGCGUGAAUAAGCCACGGAUGAGUGAGAUUGUACGAGUUGAACAACACCAAACAAAUCAAAACAUGUCUUAACCAUUCCAAAGUCACAACGGAAUCAGUAAUUACAAUUACGCAAGUGACCGAGGUGUUAUUCGCAUCUGAAUUGGGAUAUUGAAUCCUGUCGUGAACAUUAUACGCUUGUAGCUGAGGAUUAUCUCAUCCAUCAAUUGGGGAAGGCUGAAUCAGUGACCCAGCGAUGAGUGGCGUAAUGAUACAAGCAGGGUUAUUCAUAAUACCGAGACAAUGAACAUGUUAUCAUAAGUGAGGUGUGACAUUAGAAAGUGACCACGGUUGAACAGUUCUUAUGGUCGAAUAUUUAGGCGUAGGCCUUCAGCAGUCAGUUGAGGGUUAAUCAUUAAAAUUCCUUCUCCCGACAGAUAAUGACUACCAUGCACCCAGAAGAUGGAACAGGAAACCUUACUGUUCGAUUAUUUCACAUUACCAGUAGCUUGGAACUAUCAAGAGCAGCUCGCUAUCAGUUAUAUGACUGACGGUGCCGAUACAGCAUAGACAUGACGCCUAAUUAAUCGGUAAUUGGCACUGAUUGCGAGAGCAUCGGAAGAGCCCUCGUGUAAUGCCUUUCAACUCUUACAAACCACAUUAACCCCGCGCCUUACAAAAUAAAUAAUGAAUGUAGUUAUCAAAUAGUCAUCUUUAUGUUGAAGAAGCAAUUCUGACUAAGAUUUGACGAACAGCCAAGUCGGUACAAAUACAGUCAUAGGUCUUACAUAAUGUGAAUUCCUGAGGAGUAUAAUUUGCUUACUAAGAGUUUAAAUGUUAUGUGAGAUGACUACUGGUAGUAUGAAUGUUGGUAUGAGAGUGGUUGGAAAUUGAUUUGGUCAGGAAACGUCAAACUACACGUGGAGGGCUAAUCAUGGUUGGUCAGCGUUGCUUUUCCAAUCAGAUUUCUUCAGUUUCUUUGUUACAGAUAUCUAAGUUUUUCUUCUAUUUUGACUCUUUUCUGCAUGUAAUUGAAUGAUGUGUCGAUUGAAUGAGUGAAUGAGUGAAGCACGUUGUUUGAUUGUCCAUGAAGAAAUGAUCAAUUGCGAACAAUUGACUUAUGUGGUAGCAAGUACAUGUAUCUGGUUUGCCCUUAAAAACCAUGUCAUUCUAACCUUGCAUUCUAACGUUAUAUACGUUAUAUACGAUCGUGACGUCACUGGUCGUGAUUCUCUGGACAACAUAUUGAAUUUCAAUGUGAUCUUUUUUUAUCUUGAUUGUUUCUGUAUUGUCAUGACGAGUCUUAUGAGAUGAGUUCCUUUUUUCAUUUUGACGUGAAGCGCAAGUCUUUUACCGAUCAUUUUGACACAGGCAAAAGCCUUCAUUAGGGCAACUCCUAUGAAUAGUACUAAAAUAAUUUCAACCAACAUUUUCUGUGUAAGUGGUAACAGACAGUCAAAAAUGCUUCCAAAGUGCUCAUUUCUGUGAUAAAUUCGAUGUAGAAGUUAUUUUUUAUAUGAAACGAAAAUGAAUACUAAAUUUCGUGAUUUGUAAAUAGGGAGAGUUCAAAAUUGUCAAAUUAUCUGUCAUUUUAAUUCUUUGUGAUGACAUAAAAACCCACCAGAAAAUGUUGGCGUGGCUACAGGCGAUAUUCAAUUUCGCUAUUUAACUGUGAUACUACAAUGUAUAACUUUAUAAAUAUCUUUCAAGCAAAACUCUAUUAUUCAAGAUUUGUCAAAAUAUAAAUUUUAUCUGAACGAAAAGCAGGUUCAGGUUUUUCUGAUGUAUGGCUGAAAUUGGCAAUGGAAAACGUCGAAAAAAUUUUUUCACACCUUUUGUACGAUUUUUAAACCUGCGUUACGAUUUGUACAUUGUCUUGUACAUUGUUACGUGUAAAUAUAAUCAUUUAUAUAUGUACAUGUAAGCAUAUUUGUUAUAAGUGUUCUUAUAAAUAAUGAUUAAAUAUAAGUCCACUUUCCAAAAUAAAUGU